AUGGAGUCAUUUUUGUUAUAUGAGAAAAGAAUGAUGAAUACAUUGUUUUUUAUAUUGUGCUUGUGUUUGGUGAUUAGUCAUAAUGUUGAUGGUAUUCAAAACAUAUUGAAUGAAGAUUUGGAGUUUGAGAGAAAAUCACAACUAAGUGAUAAGUCUCCACUCAAGACUAUUCAUACAGAAUUUGGAGACAUUGUUGAUUGCAUUGACAUUUAUAAACAACCAGCCUUCGACCAUAUUUUACUAAAGAACCAUAAGUUGCAGCUAAGGCCCAACUUUGAAAAUUUAAUUGAAAAAGCAAGUGUGAAUAAUUCACAAAUUGGAUCUAUAUUUGGGUUUCACAAAGAAAAAUGUCCAGAAGGAACGGUUCCUAUACAAAGAACAAAAUAUGAUUUUACUAAAAAUAAUUUAUUAUUAAAUAAUCAUACAUUGGUCCAAGACAUCCCUGGAGUUCAUGUUGCAGAAAUAUCUAUUCCAAAAAAUUAUGCUCCUUUGUAUAAAGUUAGCGGAAUAAAUAGCCUUUAUAAUCCAAGAGUGAUUGGAAAAGGUGAAAGCUCUAUAUCUCAUAUAUGGGUUGAAAAUGGACCUCUAGAAUCUACCAACAAAAUAGCUGCUGGAUGGCAUGUGGACCCAGCAAUAUAUGGUGAUACAAAGACCCAUUUUUUUGCAGCAUGGACGAGUGAUAAUUUUAAGAAGACAGGAUGCUACAAUGUUCACUGUCGAGGUUUUGUUCAGAUUGAUAAAAAGAAUUUCCUUGGGGGAUAUUUCCCCAAGGUAGGUACCUAUGGUGGACCAACUUAUGAGGUUCUCAUUUCUAUUACUCAGGAUCCAAAGACAAAAAACUGGUGGAUAAGUGCAGGAAAUGUAAACAUUGGAUAUUAUCCAGCAGCAUUGUUCUCGAACUUAGGAUCAGCAUCGAUUGUUGGAUGGGGUGGGAGAACACAAGCUAAGGUUGGAAGUCCUAGUCCUCCAAUGGGAUCUGGGCAUUUUCCUGAUGGAAACAAAGACCAUGCAUGUUAUUUUAGAUCUCCCAUGGUUCAAGACGCAUCAAGAGAAAUUUAUAGACCUGAAUCUAUUAUGACCAGACCCUUUUCUGACAACACCAAAUGUUAUGAUGUUUAUUACUAUAAAGAUCAUGGAGGGGUUUAUGAUGAAGGGCUUAUCCAGUUUGGAGGACCCGGAACCAAUUGUGGAACUUAAUUUUCUUUAUAAUUAUACUUUAUAUAAAGUUUAAAAAUAA